GUCACGUGAUCAAAUCAAGAUGGAGGGUGGUCCUCAAGCUCAGAUCAAACCAGCUGCUGGAAAUGUUGGCAGCGCUCGAAAACCUGUUCUUAUCAACAAAUUGGAGGGUUGUCCUGAUGAAAUAAACCAGGCUGUAAUUAUCCCGCGUGAGGACGGAGUAAUUAGUGUCUGUGAUGAUAGGACUGUGCGAGUUUGGUUGAAAAGGGAUACUGGUCAGUACUGGCCAAGUAUCUGCCACAGUAUGCCAGUUGCCCCAACAUCCCUGGAUUACAACUCGGAAUCACGAAGACUGUUCAUUGGUCUUGACAGUGGCACUAUUAAUGAAUUCACUUUAAGUGAGGACUUCAACAAAAUUUCACACACCAGAACAUACCUAGCCCACCAAAGCCGAGUUACCAGUAUCUUUUUCGCUCUACAUUGUGAAUGGAUGAUGAGUACCUCAAGAGAUAAAUAUUUCCAGUGGCAUUGUUCUGAGACAGGGCGGCGUCUUGGUGGCUACCAGACAUCAGCUUGGUGUACAUGUUGCCAAUUUGACAUUCAGUCACGUUACGCUUUUGUAGGUGACUAUUCUGGCCAGAUUUCAGUCAUCAAAAUCAGUGACACAAACUUUGAAAUCAUCACAACAUUAAAAGGCCAUUCAGGAAGCAUACGAAGCCUGGCAUGGGAUGCUGAAAAAAAGCUCCUGUUCUCUGGAAGUUUUGACCAGUCGAUUAUUGUGUGGGACAUUGGAGGACAACAGGGCACAGCGUUUGAGUUACAGGGACACCAUGAUAAAGUCCAGUCCAUAUUAUACAGUACCUCAUCGAAGCAGUUGGUGUCUGUUGGUGACGAUUGUAUGUUGGUAUUCUGGGCCAUGGAUGUCAAGAGACAGGAGACCCCAGAAUGGAAGGACGGCGACCAUUGUCAGAAAUGUGGGUCUCCAUUCUUCUGGAAUCUGAAGAAGAUGUGGGAUGAUAGAACUAUUGGAACAAGACAGCAUCAUUGCAGAAAGUGUGGUAAAGCGGUGUGUAACAAAUGCAGCCAGAACCGCACAUCGAUACCAGUCAUGGGCUACGAGUUUGACGUGAGAGUGUGUGAGGAGUGUAGCAAAUUAGUUUUGGAUGAGGACCGUGUUCCCCUGGCAACAUUCCAUGACAGUCGACACAGUGUGACGUACAUGCAUCUUGAUGAGUUCCGCAAGAUUCUCCUCACUGUUGGUAAGGACAGGGUGAUGAAGUUGUGGGAUAUCAGCAGUGUCUUACACUAAACACUUCGUCGAUUGGAUUGUUCUGUUCUUCAAGGACCGCAUCUCACGCUUUCCGAUGUCCAAGGGGUUACACCCUGUGUCACUGUGAUUUAAACCACAAUCUGUGCUUCAACUGUCACCUCUGUUGAUAUGAAGAUGACAAUUCAUGACUUCUAAACCAAUAUGAUAAAAAAAUUAUUGUUAAAACACUUCUUCAAACAAAGCCUUAGUUGACAUAUUGUUGAUUUUUCAGUCUUUUGGGUGGACACUUUGUGAGCGAGAUAUCAGUUGGUGCAAAUUUCACAAAGGCAUUUAGGGAGUUGAUUUUAAGAAUUAUCAUUGUCGUUCUGGUAUUGACUGCAUUGAGAGUAAAGAUUUUAGUCAAUUUUAGACCUUAGAACCCUGGGUUCCCCAGAGGUACCCACCUCCGUACCUUAGGUUCCUGGGGUAUUGAGAGGGUAUUUGAAAAGAAUCUAGAAUAAAAACUAGAGGAGAAAAACCUUCCAAGUAAAGUUUGUGAUGAUCCUCUAGCUUUCCUCUAUCUAUUAAAAAAGAGUUCUGAAUGAAAGAAGACGCCCCCCAUUUCUUUAAAACGGAGGCGAAAAUGCGAGUGGUGGUCACUUUCUUGACAUUUUUACCGAAAUCGGCUCUUUCCCAGCCCUAGGCACCCUGCUGGGCUGCCCUUUGAAAAGAUUUGUCUGCUUGACUGGCGUCCGUAACAUGCUGAGCGAUGGGAGAGACAUCCUGUGGUAGGUGGCAGAACUAAUACUCGUUCAGUAGCUGAUAGUAAUGGGCCUAACCAUUUGGUACCAAAACUGGCCGCUCGGAUAUAUGUGCCUCUUGUCAGCAGCACAGAAACCGGCCCCUCCAGGUUCUAGGGGUUAAGAUAUAGUAUCCAUUCUGUAAUUGUAAAUAACCCUUUUGGACAAAAUGGUCAAUAUCAUCAACAAAUCUCUUCUGAAUGGAGGCCAGUCUUAUCUAUAAUACAGUACAAUUUUGUAAAAAAAUCCUGAUGAUGAUACGCCAUGACAUUUUAAAAUUUUUUUAGCUCACCUGUGAAGUAAAACGGAGCUAAGUUUCUGUUUGAUGGUAUUCGUCUUUUUUUUCAUCCAUCUAUCAAUACAAUCAAUCCCCUUGGUCAUUAGUCAUAUUUUCAAAAAUAUCCACAGCAAUUCUUGUGAAAAAGACAGUGUCAUACCUCUUGUUACGCCAUGAAAAAAGGGCUUGUUUCAAAAGUAACAAAAAAAUUGUCUCCUUCAAAGACUACCUUUAAAGCGGUUCUCACGAUGACUUAACAAGAACACAUCACUACUAUAAUUGACGAGUUGCACUUAGCGUUGAACACCUUAAUAAGCCUGGUUUUACCUCUACUGUCAUCCAUUAUCAACUGACAUGAUGUAGUUUUACACAAGGGAGGUUAAUAGGUAUGUUUGAGUACUUUGAAUAAAGUCAUUGCGACAAUAUCAUGCA